AUGUACCAACAUCAACAACAACAACAACAUCAUCAACAACAACUACAACAACAUCAACUACAACAACAACAAUAUCACUAUCAUUAUCCUCAUUACCAAUUUCAUUCUCCUCCUCAACAACAAGUAUACUUUUCAGUUGUCGGAGGAUUCAUGGACGAGUAUCCUCAUAACUCCUCAUCUUCAGCACCAUCCAGUAUGGGUGGACUCUCAUCAUACCUUGUAAACAGCAAGGAAGUGCCAAUGAAUAUGGCCAUGUCAAUGCCCUUGUUGUCCAGCAUGUCCAGUUCCAAUACCUACCCAACAGUGUUGGUACGGGCAUCUUCGUCAUCAUCAUACCAAUCACAUAGUCUCAGUAGUUCCAACCAAUCACCCACAGGUCACAGUCCAGUCGAGUCAGAGGAUGACUCGGAAGAGGACAUCGGAGUGGCCACUACUGGAAACAUCAUUGUAAAGAAAGAGAAACAACAUAGACAACAUCAAUCACAACAACCAUCACAGCAACAACAACUAAAUAGUAGUACAGGUAUCGAAAUUACAGGAAGUGAUGGUAAUAAUGCAGCUCGCCUCGAGGCAGAGUUGAAUGGAAGUGGCAGCGAUAAUGGUGGCCAUAGUCUAGAGCCAGAGCCUGUGGCCAAGAAGCGUGGACGUCCCAGGAAGAAGAAGCCAGAGUGUUGUCUGCGUUGUGGUGUGACCGACACGCCAGAGUGGCGCAGGGGUCCGGACAAUAUAGAGCUUUGCAACGCAUGUGGCAUCCAAUCGUCCAAGGCACUCAAGAAGGAGAAGGAGAUCAAGUUCAAACACAGCAUGGAGUUCAUACUCAAUGGCGAGGAGAAGAGCAUUGGUCGAAGCAUGGGCGAGCCCAACACACACAUCUCGACGUUUGGCUUGUAG